CACCCGUCCCUUCUCUUCUCUUCUCCCUGCUCCUCCUCCCCCUCCCCAGCCCACUCCCCGGAACCAGCGGUCGGAGGAUCUGCCUCAGCAGUAGCGGUAGCGUUAGAAGCAGAAGACACACUAGUAGAGCAGCAGCAGCAGCAGCGACUCCGACACCGCCGGAGCCGCCGGGAUGAGCGCCUCCCGCCGCCCUCUGCUCCGAACCCGGCCUUUCUGACAGGAGGUUUGAAGAUUGCUAAAACAUUACAAUCAUGGUGCAAAAAUACCAAUCCCCAGUGCGGGUAUAUAAACACCCCUUUGAAUUAAUAAUGGCUGCCUAUGAAAGGAGAUUUCCUACGUGUCCUCUGAUUCCAAUGUUUGUACACAGCGACACUGUGAAUGAAUAUAAGAGUGAUGAUGGGGCUAUUCAUGUUAUUGAACGACGCUGUAAACUGGAUAUAGAUGCACCCAGACUAUUGAAGAAGAUUGCAGGAGUUGAUUAUGUUUACUUUGUUCAGAAAAAUUCAUUAAACUGCCGGGAACGGACCUUGCAUAUAGAGGCUCAUAAUGAAACAUUUUCCAACCGGGUCAUCAUUAACGAGUACUGCUGUUACACAGUUCACCCUGACAAUGAAGACUGGACCUGCUUUGAACAGUCAGCAAGUCUGGAUAUUAAAUCUUUCUUUGGUUUUGAAAGCACUGUGGAAAAGAUUGCAAUGAAACAGUAUACCAGCAACAUUAAAAAAGGAAAAGAAAUCAUUGAAUAUUACCUGCAUCAGUUAGAGGAAGAGGGCAUCACAUAUGUGCCCCGCUGGACUCCUCCAGUCUCAUGCUCCUCAAAGAAAACUUCAUCUUGCAAUAAACAACCAGUGUCAGCUGCUAUUAGCAUACCAGAUACACCACCAAAAGAAGGAUUAAAUAAUGAAAUUCUUAACUCUAACAGUUCAUCUGAGCUUGUGGUUGGAACACCUGAUGAUAAAUUGGAUGCAGACUACAUCAAGAGGUAUCUGGGUGAUUUGACUCCACUACAGGAAAGCUGCCUGAUCAGGCUUCGACAGUGGCUCCAGGAAACCCAUAAGGGCAAAAUCCCCAAAGAUGAGCAUAUAUUACGCUUCCUUCGUGCUCGUGACUUCAAUAUUGACAAAGCUAGAGAAAUCAUGUGUCAGUCAUUAACCUGGAGAAAGCAGCACCAAGUGGAUUAUAUUCUUGAUACGUGGAACCCUCCCCAAGUACUUCAAGAUUACUAUGCAGGAGGCUGGCAUCACCAUGAUAAAGAUGGGCGUCCACUCUAUGUGCUUAGGCUGGGACAGAUGGAUACCAAAGGUUUAGUUAGAGCUCUUGGAGAAGAGGCUUUGCUGAGAUACGUUCUCUCAAUAAAUGAGGAAGGAUUAAGAAGGUGUGAAGAAAAUACAAAAGUGUUUGGCCGACCUAUCAGUUCAUGGACCUGUCUGGUGGAUUUGGAAGGAUUGAAUAUGAGGCAUUUAUGGAGGCCUGGGGUGAAAGCACUUCUCAGAAUCAUUGAAGUUGUUGAAGCCAAUUACCCUGAAACAUUGGGCCGCCUUCUUAUACUCCGAGCUCCAAGGGUAUUCCCUGUCCUGUGGACACUGGUUAGCCCAUUUAUUGAUGACAACACAAGAAAGAAGUUCCUUAUUUAUGCAGGCAAUGACUACCAGGGUCCAGGGGGCUUGCUGGAUUAUAUUGAUAAGGAAAUUAUCCCGGAUUUCCUGAGUGGAGAGUGUAUGUGUGAAGUGCCAGAAGGUGGGCUUGUUCCCAAAUCUCUGUACAGGACUGCAGAGGAGCUGGAAAAUGAAGAUCUAAAACUCUGGACUGAAACCAUCUACCAAUCUGCAAGUGUUUUCAAAGGAGCACCACAUGAGAUUCUUAUUCAAAUUGUGGAUGCCUCUUCUGUGAUCACUUGGGAUUUUGAUGUGUGCAAAGGUGACAUUGUUUUUAACAUCUAUCACUCCAAGAGAUCACCACAACCUCCUAAAAAGGACUCUGUGGGAGCUCACAGCAUUACUUCUCCAGUAGGAAAUAAUGUGCAAUUAAUAGACAAAAUGUGGCAGCUGGGACGAGACUAUAGUAUGGUGGAAUCCCCACUCACUUGCAAAGAAGGAGAAAGUGUUCAGGGCUCACACGUGACCAGAUGGCCAGGUUUCUACAUUCUACAGUGGAAAUUUCAUAGCAUGCCAGCUUGUGCCACUACCAGCUUACCACGAGUGGAUGAUGUGCUGGCAUCACUACAGGUUUCUUCUCACAAAUGUAAAGUGAUGUACUACACAGAAGUGAUUGGUUCUGAGGAUUUCAGAGGUUCUAUGACCAGCCUGGAAUCAAGUCACAGUGGUUUUUCCCAGCUAAGUGCUGCCACAACCUCUUCCAACCAGUCUCACUCCAGUUCCCUGAUUUCCAGAUGGCGAUUUUGCUGACAGCUGCAAAGAAAGUGCUUCACUCAACAAUCUACAUCUGCCCAGAGAUGUUUUUAGAGCUAUUUGAAUUGUAGCCAUUUUAAGUUGGCUCAAAAGUGACAUGUCUUUUUUUUCCAUGAGAAUUUAAUAUAUCUUUAAGAGCCCAAAGCCCAUUACUGCACAAAUGCUUACAGGGUUUAUUCAUGAGGAAAGUAAGAUCCAAUUCUCCCUUUAAGAGAAUUGAUGCAACAGACAUAACCUGAUUAUGCAGUUCGCAGUAUGCCUAUAUAAUUUUGCUAUUUCGCCUCUUUUCCCCCCCCAAAGUGUGAUACUAUUACUGCUCUCAUUCCACUUACUUCUGGCACUUAGGAUUCUUUUGGCUUCUACCCUGUAUCGCUAGUCUUAGCCUACUCUUUUUCUUGAAUUCAUUAUUCACAUAUCGAAUUCUGUAAAUGAUUAUAAACAUAUUACCUCACUCUUGGUAAUAAGAUACUGAUAGUCUUUAAAAGAUUUUUUUAUUGUUAUCAAUAAUAAAUGUGAACUGUUUAAAAAAAGUAUUUCU